AUGAGGCGAAUACAUAAAGCGUCCGUGCGUGCCGACAGGCACCAAGGGGCAGACAAUCUCUCAAUUUUAAUGAGGAAUCCGGCCUCAGAAAAAAGUUUGGUUACUACACAAAAUAGGAAUAUUGUCAGGAUAAUAAAUGAUGAUGAAGAUAAGUAUGGAAAAUGGGAUAGCAGUGAUUGCUCUUUGGAAGCCUCCGCUUUUAUCUGCAAAAAACCAGCAGAAAAAGGAGAAUGUGAAACAGAAGCAGGUCGCGGAGGAUCCACGAAGGCGAGCACAAAAACUGAGGAACACAGAACAACGAGGUCAGAACAAGAAUUUGGUAGAACAACAUUCGCACAUGAGGUAAAAACCACACCAGAAACUGAGGAACACAGAAUAACGACGCCAGAACAAGAAUUUGGUAGAACAACAUUCGCGCAUGAGGUAAAAACCACACCACCUAAAAAUAGUGACUUUCGUUCUACUCUACAACCUGGGAGUGAUGGGAUUCGCUCUACUACACCAAGCGAGGAAAUAUGUGUUGAACCAGAAGACGAUUGCUGUAACAAAUGUUGUCCUGAAGAUAUCGUUCGUGACUUGGGUUGUUAUCCGGAUUACAUGGUCUAG